CGGGCCUCUCCUGGGCGCCGGAAGUCAGCGGCCCCGCGGGCGCGCCCUUGCAGCAGCUGGCUCCCGGCUGGGCUCCGCGGGCGGGCGGGAGGAUGGCGGAGAGCGAGUGCGAGACCCCCAGCACGCCCGGGGAGUUCGAGAGCAAGUACUUCGAGUACAACGGCGUGCGCCUGCCGCCCUUCUGCCGGGGGAAGAUGGAGGAGAUCGCCAAUUUCCCCGUGCGAGACAGCGACGUCUGGAUUGUCACCUACCCCAAGUCAGGCACAAGUUUAUUGCAGGAAGUGGUGUAUCUCGUGAGCCAAGGAGCUGAUCCUGAUGAAAUUGGAUUAAUGAACAUAGAUGAGCAGCUUCCAGUCUUAGAAUAUCCUCAACCUGGUCUGGACAUUAUCAAGGAACUGACGUCUCCGCGCCUGAUCAAAAGCCACCUGCCGUACCGCUUCUUGCCUUCUGACCUGCACAGCGGGGAAUCCAAGAUCAUAUAUAUGGCUCGUAACCCCAAAGACCUGGUCGUGUCUUAUUACCAGUUUCACCGCUCCCUGCGCACUAUGAGCUACAGAGGAACGUUUCAGGAGUUCUGUCGGAGAUUUAUGAACGAUAAACUAGGUUAUGGUUCAUGGUUUGAACAUGUCCAGGAAUUUUGGCAACAUCACAUGGAUUCCAAUGUGCUCUUUCUCAAAUAUGAAGAUAUGCACAAGGAUCUUGCAACCAUGGUUGAACAACUAGCAAGGUUCUUGGGCAUUGCCUAUGACAAAGCACAGCUGGAAUCGAUGGUUGAGCAUUGCCACCAGCUCAUUGACCAGUGCUGCAACGCAGACGCCCUUUCUGUGGGCAGGGGACGAAUUGGGCUGUGGAAAGACAUCUUCACUGUCUCGAUGAAUGAAAAGUUUGACUUAGUGUACAAGCAGAAGAUGGGAAAGUGUGACCUCACGUUUGAUUUUUAUUUAUAAAACAGCCAAACGAAAAUGCAUGUGUAUAAUACAAAGAAUCUGGCUAGAAGCGCUUUCUGCAUUUAUUUAUUACUGGCUGGACAUAGUACCGUAUUUGUUAUGUGUAUCAUAUUAAAAAAUAAAGGGCACACUGCAUUGGGAUGUGAACCUUAGAGAGUGCUGGGCGGGCCGAAGGUCCACUUAGAUCAGCAUUUUCUUUGCAAGUUGGAUCAGCCAAAAGCUACUGGAUAGCUUUCGAAGUUUUAAAAGUAGCAGGCAUGUCAGUCUAGUGCACUGUGUAUGUUUUAUUUCUAAUCCAUUUAAUCUACCCAGAAAGCAACUGUUACGGGGCAGCUGAAAAAUACAAUGGAUUCAUAAAUAAAGAAUUCUAUAAUUUUAUCAUGCAGAA